AUGCGUGGGAUACAUCGCCACUCCGGGAAGAAACUCAACAAGAAGAACAAGGCAGAGAACCGAUGUAAGAACAUUCGGGUCCUACCGAACGACAUGGAGUGGUAUGUAUCCUUUCAACUGGGGAACCUGAGGUUCCUGGAUUCGAUCCAAUUCUUUGGCCCAGGUUCAAGUCUAGAUAACUUAGCCAGUAACUUGACAGAAUUCCCUCACCUCCAGCAGCAUUUACCUCAAGUCUGGACCUUUAACAACCCUGAAGACAUGGAUUUACUCUGCCAAAAAGGUGUGUAUCCUUACUCCUACAUGAACAGUUUCAGUAAAUUUGAAGAAACAAGUCUUCCGUCCAAAGAUGCCUUUCGUAGUGAUCUCACUAAUGAAGACAUUUCCCAAGAAAAGUACGAGUUUUCUCAGACAGUUUGGAACACGACUGGGUGUCAAUCGAUGGGGGAUUACCAUGACCUUUACCUGUAAAACUGCAAUAAGCGUAAAGUCUCUUGGCCUUUAAUGACAACGCCACAAACCAAAUUCGAAUGAAGAUUUAUUGAGUGCGCAUACAAACGGCGUGGGUUGAAACUAAAACGGUAAAAGAGUAAAAAAGUUACAAGUUGCGACUAAGGUAAAUUAGAGUAAAGAAAUAACAAAACUGCAAAACGAGGACUGUGAAGUACACUUACAUUGUUUCGGCCAGAGAAAACUGCUGAAGCGGACUGCGAAUAACGCGAAGCUAGGGACUUGCAAGAAACUAAACAGAACUGCGCUAAGCGCGGACCAAAAUGAACUGCACAAACUGUACUGCAAAAUUACGAUAUGAAAAAUAGGCUAGAACAUGCGGAAAAUAAAACUAUAGAAACUUAGAAAGGCGCUAAUGAAGAUGAAACAGCAAAGAAACGCUAACGAGGGCGCGAAAACUAAUAGAAAGGAAUAAACACCUAAAUUGACGCAAAAAAAAGACUAAACAAAAGGACGAAAAGAAGUAUAAACUAAUUUGCGUACGCAAAGGAAAAACAAAUUACGCAAAAAAUGUUACACUUGGAUCUUACAACCUGUACUAAGACAUUUUCCUGCUAGCUGAUAUCUUUGAGCAGUUCCGUCAAGUUUGCCUGAAAAACUAUGAUUUAGAUCCCGCUCACUACCACACAGUACCAGGAUUGGCAUGGGAUGCUUCUCUUAAGAUUACCGGUGUGAAAUUGCGCACUCUAAGAGACAAGGAGAUGCAUAUGUUCCUUGAGCGGGGAACGCGAGGUGGUAUUUCUACGAUUACUCACCGCUACGCCAGAGCUAACAACAAGUACCUGAAGGACUACGAUCCUGAACAGCCUAGCAUCUUCAAUAUCUACUAUGAUGCAAACAACUUGUAUGGAUGGGCUAUGUCACAACCGCUCCCUAUCGGAGAUUUUGAGUGGAAAACAGAGUUUGAAGGCUUUGACAUAAAUGAGAUUGCUGACGAUGCAGAGAUUGGCUACAUUCUAGAGGUUGACCUGAAAUACCCAGAAGAGCUCCAUGACCUUCAUAACAAUUACCCCGUUGCCCCAGAGAAGAUAGAAAUCACUCCAGAGAUGUUAUCUCCUUACUGCCAGCAGUUAACCACGGAUUUUGAGUACAAACCCAGCAAAGUGGACAAGUUAGUCCCUAAUCUGUGGCCUAAGGGAGGAUACAUUUUGUAUUACAGAAAUCUGGAAUUAUAUCUUUCCUUAGGGAUGAAACUUACAAAGAUUCAUCGUAUCCUCAUGUUCAAACAGCAGGCCUGGCUAAAGCCCUAUUUAGAAUUGAACACCUGA